CCCUUAUCCAAAACAAAGAUUGUCGCUUUUUUUCUUUCUUUUUGUUUUCCUCCUUCUUGACCAAUUAAUAAUCCAUGUCCCGAACGGCGUCUUGUAUAGUUCGAGAAUAUAAGCUUGUCAUGGUCGGUGGCGGUGGUGUGGGGAAAUCCGCUUUGACCAUUCAGUUCAUUCAAUCCCACUUCGUGGAUGAAUAUGAUCCAACCAUUGAAGAUUCGUAUCGCAAACAAUGUACAAUUGAUUCGGAAACGGCGUUGCUGGAUGUUCUUGAUACGGCGGGGCAAGAAGAAUACAGUGCUAUGCGGGAACAAUACAUGCGCAACGGUGAAGGGUUUAUACUGGUCUAUUCCAUCACGUCACGAAUGUCGUUUGACGAAAUCUCCACAUUUUAUCAACAAAUUUGCCGCGUAAAGGACCGAGAUAGCUUUCCCAAUGUACUAGUGGCGAACAAGUGCGACUUGGAAUCCGAGCGACAAGUCUCGACGCAAGAAGGCCAUGAACUAGCCAAACGUUUUGGAAGCCGUUUUAUCGAAACCUCGGCCAAACAACGAAUCAAUGUGGAUGAAGCCUUUUACGAAGUGGUCCGGGAUAUACGACGAUUUAACAAAGAACAGGAGAUGCCACGUCGAGGAUAUAAGAACUAUGAAUACCCAGAUAGUGCUUCUGAUCGAUGCUGCAUGCUGAUGUGAUACCCUCUUUUGAUUCUCCUUCAUUUCAAUUUUUUUAUUUCUUUUCCACUUGGUUUCUCGUUUCUCUUGUGAUUAUUCUUCUUUGUUAACCUUCCCCUUUUCCGCCCUUUUUGACAUAAUCACGCGCUGUAUCUCGUUUUUCUCCAUAGUGUCUCCUUAAAUAACCCCCCCUUGAUGUCCGUCUUAUAAUCUGUUAGUAUAGAUUACAUGUUGCGCUGAUGAUAUUUCGAAAAAAAUAUGUGUUACAUGCAUUUACCCGAAAAAGAAUAUUGCUUUGGGUGGUUGACCGAUGGAAAAA